UAUAUAUAUAAUUUAUAUUUUUGUAAUAUGUAAAUAAAAUAAAAUAAGAUGUGAAGAGAGAGGAAUACAAUAAUAUGAAUAAAGGGGAUAAUAGUAGGUUGAGAGGAGCUGGGAGCAUAAUAGGAUAAGAGGGAUUGAUGCUUAAUAGGGAAAAGUACAGUAGGAAGUAUAGAGAUGAAAAUACCGUGAUAUGACAAGGAUGGGAAUGCUGUGUUAUUUAGAGAUGAGAACAUAGAGUAAAAAUACAGAAAUACAGUGAGUAAGCAUUUAUUAAACACCUAUUGUGUGUCAGGCACUAUGCUGAAGUGCUGAGGAGUCAAAAAAAAAAAAAAGGCAGUUCCUAUUUUCAGUGAUUCCACAGUGAAGGAUGUAGGAGAAUAGUAGAUAAAGGGGAAUAUGAUCACAGUGAGAUGAAGGGGAAUAUAGGAUCAGAAUGAAUUGAGGGGGGAUAGGAUCUCAGUAGAGAUGAGAAGAUUAAAUGAAACAAGAAAAGGAGCCUGGGGAGAUUAUGGGACAAUUGGAUAUAAAGCACAAUCAUGAGUGGGGAUAGGAAUACAAUGAAAUAGAUGGGGAUGGGUGCACAGCUGGCCAAGGAGUCGGUAAUUGAAAGCCGAGGUGGGAGCCACUAACUGCUUGAAUGUAUAGCUUGUUGCCCUCUGCUCCCUUCAUUUUUCCUCCUCCGUAGGAGAGAUGGCACCAGCUCUGGCAGGCUCAUGCCCCCUCUUGCUUCUUUUUCUGGGGCUAUGGGAGGUCCCAGCCAGCGCAAAGCCUCAGAACCUGACCUAUGCCCAGUGGUUUCAAGUCCAGCAUGUGCAGCCCAGUCCUCUCCAAUGCAACAGGGCCAUGGGCAGGAUUAACUAUUACACCCUGCGCUGCAAGCCCCUUAACACCUUCCUCCACGACUCUUUCCCAAAUGUGGCCAUUGCCUGUGGAUCCCCCAGCAUGACCUGUAAGAAUGGCCAGGGGAACUGUCAUCAGAGCCCUGGCACAGUUCCCAUUACCCAAUGUGACCUCACCUCUGGGAAAUACCCCAACUGCCGCUAUCGCGACGCCUCCCUUGAUAGAGCCUUCGUUGUGGCCUGUGAUCCCCCUGAAGAUGGCGAUCCCCCUGAAUAUCAGCUGGUUCCUGUGCACCUGGAUGGCACCGUUAGCCCCUGAAAGCCCUCUUUCCAAGACUGGUGGGGAGGCUGACACACUGGUUCUCUUGCUGCCUUCUGCGCUGGCCCCUAGAGGUUCUUUCUUCUAGUUUAGAUUCUUCUAGGGGAUGAACAAUGGAAGGGAGGAGGAAUUAGAAAUAACAUUAUUGGGAGUAGAACCAAGAAGGGAACUGCCAUUAAUGCUUUCAUUGCUAGCUGCUCUACAGAUUCAUCCAUGUUAAAUGAGACAAAAUAUCAGCUCUCCAUCAUCCCAACCAUCUCAUUUUUAUAUCCUAAUUCCUAAUCCCCAAGCCCAUUGACCCAAAUGGAAGAAAGUAGGCAAUAGUCAAUUAUCAAUAAAAAUAAAUUUUAAAAUAAAGUCACAUAAAAAUAAAGUAACACUUUUUAAUUUUCAGUGCUUCCACAAUGUCAUCUAAUUUGAUUCUUACAGAAUCUCUGUAUGAUGGGCAAGAUGGGGAUAAUUGACUUGAAUUCUUAAUAGGAGACCUCAACUAAUUACUCUCCAUACUCCCUCUGCAAAUGUAAGCAAUAAAAUAAUGAUUUUAUUUA